GGCUUUGGCCAAGGCGUCAUGUGACGAACAGAAAUGUCAACAUCUCCGAGCGCUGCACUAUGAAACACACUAAUACCCGCCGAAACGUUGUUUUCCUUCUACUACAACGACAUAACCUGCCUUCGCGUAGUAGAACUGUAUGUUAGCUGUCCGUUUUGUGGCUGUCACUGCACAGGUUUCAGGAUGGCUGUGCCUCCUAGUGGCCAGUCCUCCCUGGUACACAGCUUGGCCACACUCCUCAGAAAUGAUGGCGACUUGGUGCUGGACGGCAGCAGCACUCUGACGUUGCCGGCGGCCAGCUUGCAGCAGCUCACCAGGCUGUUUGAACAGUACUUGCUGUCCAGGAGCCAGCAGCACGGCUUCCUGGCGCUGCCCUCCCACCCUGCCGACACGGCGUCCCUGCUACAGCUGCAGUUCCUGUUUGACGUCCUGCAGAAGACCAUCUCCCUCAAGCUCAUCAACCCGACGGGGGUGAGACUUCAUUCCGUGGUGAAAAUCUUCCCGUUCAAGUCUUUGAAGUGUUUGGAGCUGAAGCGAGUCCCUCCACACUGUCUAGAGGGACUUCGAGGAGUCUACUCCCAGUUGGAGGUCUUCACAUGUUCAAAGAGCGUCAGCUCCCUGGAGGAGCUGCUUUCCCUGUGUGGAGGCGACCUGAGCUCUGCGCUGCCUUGGCUGGAACUGCACACGCUCAACUUUAGCUACAACUCCAUUGUUUGCCUUGACCAGUCACUGAGUUUACUGAACGUCCUGAAGUCCUUAGAUUUAAGCCAUAACAAGAUUCAGGAGUGCGCUGAAUUUCUAAAGCCCUUGAGUGAACUGGAACACUUGAACCUGGGCUACAACUGCCUGCAGAGGGCGCCAACGCUGGGCCUGAGCGCCAGGGCCAAACUCCUCACACUCAUCCUCAGGAACAAUGAACUGGAGACUAUUAACGGUGUGGAGCAGUUGUCCUCCCUCCAGCACUUAGACCUGGCCUACAACCUCCUGUUGGAGCACUCCCAGCUGGCUCCUCUCUCCCUGCUGCACUGCCUCAACAAACUCAACCUGAAGGGCAACCCGCUGUUCUUCCAGAAGACCCACCGCACCUGCACCGUCCGACAUCUCUCCCCAAAGGCUGCAAACCGUAGACUCAAACUUGACGGUAACCAGCUGACCUCGUCUGAGUUAUCAGUUCUGCCAAAACCAGGUCAGCUGAUCGUCCAGGUGCAGACUUCCCCUCCAGUUGCCGUGCAACCAGAACGGAGCAACCAAGAAGUGUCGAGCGGUGCCGGGGAGCUGAGUGACAGCAUGUCAGUCGGAGAAGUGGUCUCGCACAUUCGGAGGAAGAAAUCUAAGAGUAAGGUGAAAGUGCGGAGGGCCAGCAUAUCCGAGCCCAGUGACACAGACUACGAGCCCAGGCAGCUCUCCUCCUCACAGAGCAUCGUCCUCCCCCACAAGCAGGAGAUUGAGCGCAUGUCCAGCUUCAGAGAUCAGCUGGGUGAGGACUGGCUGAGGUACCAACAUCAUCUAGAUGGAUCUUCCCCCUCCACCAUCGCCAACCAGCCCCUCCCCAACGGCUUUAACGCCACCACACGUCCCUCGACCAGCCCCGGGCGUCCACCGUCUCCACCGCCCCUGGAAGUCCCAGAGGUCCUCCCGUCGCCGCUGCUCUCGUCCGAGCCCAGACUGGAGACAUCAGCGGAGGCAGAGCAGGACACGGAGUCGACCCUCCUGUGGCCCGGGCUGAGCUCACGGUCCACGUUGGAGGAAAGCACGGUGGACGGCCCGGUGGCGAGCUCACCUGGGCCGAGUCCAGAGUCCCAAAGGUCGGCCGGAGGGGGGAGCACCAAGGAGGAAGAAGAGGAGGAGGAUCUAGGAGUGGACCUGUGUCACCCCCUACUUGUGGGUGUCCUAUCUGACAAAGAGGAAGAAGAUGGUGAAGGCCAGGUGGUGGAGAGGAGGAGGAGGGAGGUGUUCCUGCGCAUCAAACAGGGCCUGGUGCUGGAGGUGGACAUGCAGCGCGGCCGGGAGAGAUGCCGAUUGGAGCUGGGCAGCCUGGCCCGGGUGGAGACCACGGAGGCUGCCUGGACCCGAGGGGAGACAGAGGAGAUGCUUCCAGCUGUGGAGCUUCAGUUCGACUACAUCAGCAGGGAGAAACGGAGGAGACGCUACGUCCUGCUUGAUGACGACCCACAGCAGGCGCUGCAGGCGCUGACAGACGUGCUGAGUCGCGUGGCGGAGGAAAACCAGCAGCGUGACUCUGAGCUCCGCCCCAGCUGUGUUCGUCUGCAGUGCCUUCGUUGCAGGUCAGAGUUCACGCUCAAGAGAGAAGGCGGUGAGGAGGAGGAGGAGGAGGACGAGGCGGGGGGGAGAACGAGGAGGAGGAGAGGGGCUGUGGAGAAACGGGAUGAGGAGGAGCUGGCGGAGUUCGAUGAUGACAGGAAAGGAGGCUGUAAUAUUUGUCCAGAAUGUGGCAGCGAUCAUGUGGUCCAGCUGGCUGGCCAAUCAACUCCCCGCAGCAGCACGCCCAUCAAGCGCUCAUCAACGCCGCAGAGUGAGGACGACCACCUCGAUAUAAACCAGAGCUCUCGGCGUGCCAAUAAGCAGGAUGAUUACACAGACGGCAGUCUCAGCAGCAGUCCCGUCCUCGAAGCUGCCACCGCCACAGAAGACCCCACCUUCGUCACAGCCCAGGGAAGCUCCUUCUUCAUCGGGGAUGAUCAGGGUGAUACCUCCAGCCUCUCCUACCACACAGAGUGCCAAAGUAAAGAGGAUCUGGUUGGGAGCUACCACUACACCGCUACUGGUGCAACGCCAGCUGAAGUCCAACCUUCAGGAAGAUCCACUCCGAAUGAUGAUUUGGACCUGCUGUCGGAGGACUACGAGGCGGUGGACCAUCGGCUGCAGCUCUUCCUGGACGUGGAGGUCUUCGAGGAGGAAGACGAGCUUCACUCUUUCCUCAAGAUGUCAGCUGUCAAAUUUGGGGAGCCGGGGCAGGUUCCCUCGCUGCUGGUGGUGUCAAAACAGCGGAUCUAUUUCCUGGAAAUGACAUCAGAAACCCACAGAGGCCAGCUCUCUGAUUGGCUGCAGAAGAGGGACAGCCACCCAAUCAUGGAGCUCAGCUACCUGGAGGUGGGACUGGGCUCGCAGUGCAUCCACAUGGAGUUCGGUGACGGGGGAGUGGCCUACACCCUCCUCGUGAGGGACAGUUUACGCUGCAAACGCUUCUUUGGCCUGCUGACAGAAAUUGUGCGCGAGAUGGCUCACAAAUCCGACAGCAAGCUGCAGUCCAUCUCUACCACCAGACUCAACCCACAGCACCAUCUCUGGCCUCUAGUGUGUGAAGACAUCCAGGCAGACGUGGAGGACGGCCAGCUGCAGUUUUUCUACAUUCUGGCUUUCGUUCUGCAAGAGGAUAUUUGGACGCCGUUGACAGUCCUGGCAACCCGGGAAACCCUGUACCUGCUCAAAGAGGAUCACCAGUGGAGGAAGUGCUCAAACAGCCCGACGGCGGAUGAAAACAAAGAAGCGAGCAGCGGCAGCGUUACCAUUUUGGAAACGCUGCCAAUCAGCUGCGUGAGCGCCGUCCACCUGUGGCCUUCAGACAAGCGCAGGAUGGAUAUUAAGCUCUACGAUGAGACGGUGAAACAGGAGAAGACGUGGUGCGUGCGCUCCGAGAGCCCUGAGCUCCUGCAGGGUCUGCUGGCCUGGGUCAGAGCACAGUGGGAGGCCAUGUUCGGAGUAAAACUCUGCCUCCAAGACAAAGCAGCAUAAUGGGGAAGGAAGGGGGGGGGGGGGUUGGCAGACUGUGUGUGUGUGCUUCUGUGUGUUUUAUGAGCAUGAAUCUGCGCAUUGGUACGGGGAAAUGUUUAGUGAACCUGAGCGAGUUUGUCUUUAUUUUCAGUCUGCACUCAGUCUGGUCCCAUUACGCUCGCUUGCUUUCAUCGUCUUUUGAGCCAACAACUUGGAAGCGAUUGCGCUCAUUCAUGUGAGCCCGUAAAAAGCACCGGUUGCAUAAGUCUUUAUCCUCCAGAUACCAUCCCGCUUCUCCGUAGCCGAAAUGGAGUGUGCCUUCUUCUUCUUCUUUCGCAAGCUGUUGAAAUGCACCUUAAAUGUGUCGUCAAUCACCGUAACGUCAAGCUGGUUUUGGGAACUAAGAAGGGAUUAAGUUGGGUUUUUUUGAGAAGUAAUGUAAAGAGUUGAGACAAAAAUAUGUCCACCCCCCCCCCUCGCCGUCUUAGGGUGCAGCUUGUUGUGACAUCACGCGCUCAACACAAGGCUGCGGGGGGGCUUCUGAGAGGCCAAGGCUCAAGACGGUGUCAUCGAGGGUCACCUCACACCCCAAUUAAGGUCUCAUGAUGCGUCUGUGUUAUGAAAAAGAAAGGAUACCAGAAGUGCAAAUGUGCAGAAAUAUUGUGAAUUUAUUUUCUUUACCACUUGGGAACAGAUGUUUUUUUUUUUAUCAAUUUGCAUCUUGGGUGUAUUUUUUGUUUAUUUUCUGAUCAACUGUGUCGAGGAAAAAGUCGGUCAAGCACUAUCAUCGUUCAUAUCUCAACUAAAUGCUUAUUUAGUAUACAUAUAUAAAUGUAGAUCUGCAGCCGUGUGCGUUAUGGAUGUAGCCACUGUACAGAUUAUCAUCAUGCACACAUGCAGCGAAGAUAAUUUGGAUUAACCAGUAGCCAAAAACUUAAUUUAUUUCUUUUUCAUUAUGGGUUAAUGCAACAAAAAAAACUUUUAUUUUUAUAUAAAUACGAGAGAAAAAAACAUGUAUGAUGUGUAUAAUUGAAUAUAAAAGUAACGUGUUCAUGUUU